CGCGCCUAGUCUCGGAGAUCUCGCCGGCCCGCCCGCCCGCCAUGGACGCCGUCGACUCCGUGGUCGACCCGCUCCGCGAGUUCGCCAAGGACAGCGUCCGCCUCGUCAAGCGCUGCCACAAGCCCGACCGCAAGGAGUUCACCAAGGUGGCGGCGCGGACGGCGAUCGGCUUCGUCGUCAUGGGCUUCGUCGGAUUCUUCGUCAAGCUCAUCUUCAUCCCCAUCAACAACAUCAUCGUCGGAUCCGGCUAGAUUGCAGAGUAAAGGAUGUGCUGCAUGAAGAUAGUGCAAUACUAGCAAUUGGGCCUUCGUUGUCAAAGUUUGUUAACCCUAUUUCGAAAGUUCUUGUUAAAGACAUUUAACUUUGUUCAAUUUCUCAGAAGUUGUGGCCAGCUUAAUCGUUGUAAUGAGUAGACCUUGAAGUAGAGUUAUAAUGUUCAUGUUGCAGGGAGACUAA